AUGCACGAGACGGCUUGUCUGGUCUACGUUUGUCGAAUGGAGGGCAUCGUUCAGUAUCAAAGCGACACAAGUGAUAACGAAUCUGUCGGAGAAUUUACAGAAUUUCCAAAUGAAAAUAUUCCCAGGAUACAAACUGAAGACGUUUCUGACGUGAAUUUGGCUGAACGAAGGAAAGAGCAUCAAAUUCAGAUCGAUGGAACGAGGUUGAACACUAUUGGCGUCAGCACGUCGUGCGGACCAUCGGAGCGAGUAUUUAGAACGCCUAUUUUUAUGCUUGGUAAUAUUUCGCACUCAAAUAAGCGAGGGAAUAGUGAUCAAGUUAAUAAAAAGGUUAAAGGAUACAUAUCGAAACGAGUAAAGUUACAGCAAGCCAACGAAACAAAUUCUGAAAUACAGCAAAUGAAUCAAUCGUUUCCAGUGCAAGGUGUAUUGCCAUCCGAUACAAAGUUACUUGACCUGCCGAACCGUAUCAAGUCUGCUUUGAGCGAAAACAAAGAUGAAACGCAGUCUAGCAUAAUUCCCAAGAAGCGCAUAAUUUUUCUUCAAAAGGAACACACCAAAGGGGUGAAUACACUAUUGUGGUGUGGUUCUUUUGGACAGGUAUUGGCUUCGGCAUCAAUGGAUGGUACUAUCAGAAUUUGGGAUGUUUUUAGGUCCAAAAAGUGUGUUCGAAUCAUCAAUAAUAAUGGAGCCGUAAAAGAUAUAAGAUGGGAUAAUUUUCGUAACAAUAUACUUUCCGGGGGAUAUGACAAGAUUGUAAAGUUAACUGACAUAGAGACCGGGAUUACCGUACAG